AUGCUUGACGAGGUGCGAUUACGAGAUAUCAUUGCAAACUCUAUUGUGGUUCCAGUAUAUGAGGAGGAGGAGAUUUAUGAGCAAGAAUCGCAACAGCAGGCGCCCCGAUCCGAACUCCAGCAACGCGAUCUGGACAUUAAAACCUUGGAAUCCCGUGCAAGAGAGUCGGGUACUGCAUCAGUUGCCAUCGCUGAAGAUGAACAGCCUUUGGAUGUUAUCGAUGUUACACAAGGCGAUGAAACAAUACAACUUUCCGUAGUCAACGAAACCAAUCCUCCGGUGGAAAUGCCCCUUUUAGAACAGGACAUGUCUAUGGAGAAUGGGAUGAUGGGCGACUUAGAGAUGUACGUGCAGGGGGAUGGACGUUAUCAGAAGGUGUCUAAUGUUGACUUUUUGAAGGAGGGGUUUUUCAAGGAAUCAUAA